UGUCCCUGAAUCCGUCAUGGAACAGAUCAAUGGAUCUCUUCAGAUGGAGCAUGCACUGCUGUUCACCUUUCUGGAGGCAUCCUCUGACUGUAAGUUCAAAGACCAGCUGCAAUUCCUGCAAAGCCAACAGAUCAUGUGGUGCCAAGGAAGUGGUGAUGAUGAUGAUGAGCUUCAGACCGAUGGCAAUCGGAGUGGCCACUUUCAGAAUGAAUUGCCUCCAACAAAUGAAGAAGUUAUCCGGAUCAUUGCUGCUCAGCUUGCUGAGAUUGGAGACCAGCUGGAUAAAGAAAUCCAAGGAAGAGUAGUAGAGAACCUAGUGCAGCACUUUCUGAAUGAGCAACUGUCUAGAGAGGACAUAGCCCUGCACAUGUCCAGGGUAGUGAACGAGCUUACACAAUUAAUCCCCUCAGACAUGGCACAGGAGAAGGCCAUGUUGGUGCUAGCAAUGGUCUUAACUAAGAAAAUUUUGAACAGAGUGCCCUCCCUUCUACACCGUGUCUAUAAUGCCACUGUGAACUACAUGAACCAGCAGUUCCACGACUACAUUGUUGAAAUGCUGGGUGAGUGAGCUCUCCAGCCCUGUGUGGAGCAUGUGGAUUCCUGAAGACUUUCCUUGAUGGAUGGAGAUAACUUGAUUUACUCUUAACUUCUGAGAUACAGCUGUGAAAGGGAUGGUGGAGCUUCAUAGAUAGGCUUUUGUAGACUAGCACAGCAGUAAUAGUAGUUUGAGCUGCCUGCCAGCUCUGUCAGUACCUGUAGGGAGUAGUGCUUGCCUCUCUCCUUUUACAAUAUUUUUUAUUUUAGCAGCAGCCACCUUUGUUCAGUCUGCCUUGUGCCUCCAGAGGCCCAGGGCCUGCCUUCUCAGUGUGUCUUUUUUCUAAGCAGCUGUAACAUUUUGCUUUAGUUAUUCACUUCCUAGCCCUGCUUCUGCAGCUGAGCCAUACUGAGUGUUGUUCCCAGGAAGGCCUCAGGCUAUGGAAUGGG